UUAUAAUAUUUUGAGUGUUUUUGUCAAACAUCUUUCAAAAUUUCUUGUUAAAUUAAAAUUUUAAUUUUGUGUUUUCGUUGACAUUCUAAUUAAUUCGUAUGUUGAUGGUGAAUCCAUAAUUGUUAAAAAUGACGUCUGCACUCUAUUUGGAACAUUAUCUAGACGGUCUGGAAAAUUUACCCACCGAACUGCAACGUAAUUUCAAAUUGAUGCGCGAUCUGGACACGCGUGCGCAAAAUUUGAUGCAAUCGAUUGACGAAAAGGCAAACGACUUUAUGGAAACAUUGAUCAAGGACCGGGACUCGAUACCGGAGGAAGUGCGCAAGGAAAAACUGAAAAGCAUUCAAGACUCGUUCAAUUUGGCCAAAGAAUACGGCGACGAUAAAGUACAGUUGGCCAUACAGACAUACGAAUUGGUUGACAAGCAUAUCAGACGGCUGGACUCGGAUUUGGCUCGGUUUGAAGGUGAAAUACAGGACAAGACACUGAGCGCUCGAAGUAAAUCGGAGGAAAUAGUCGGGAAAAAAGGACGGAAAAAAGGCAAAGAUGUCAAAACGGUGACCAAAAAGAAACGAGCUGCAUCAUCCGAAGACGAUGAGCAGCGAGGGAAUGCUGGAAAUACAUCACAGAAAGCAAGUAAAAAGCAGAAGGUAAAUCAAGAAAAAGACGGUCGUAAGGGUCAAAAGAAAUCAGUGGAUCCAGAGGAAAGUUUGGCCGAUGCGGCUGGUGGAACACCACAAAGUGAUGUUCUCGACAUGCCGCUCGAUAUGCCCGUUGAUCCAAACGAACCAACAUACUGUCUAUGUCAUCAAGUCUCUUACGGUGAAAUGAUCGGAUGCGAUAAUUUGGACUGCCCCAUCGAAUGGUUUCACUUUGCGUGUGUUGGUCUGACGAUUAAGCCGAAAGGGAAAUGGUUUUGCUCAAAAUGUACGCAGGACCGGAAGAAGAAAUAAUUUCAUUUGCCGGUGGAUGAUGGUGGCGGUGCAUUGCAGUUAUAUACGUUUAAGUUUACUAUUUAAGUUCACGUGUUUUUUUAACAUACGAAUUGUUCGCAAUAAAAUGAUGAAAAU